GAAAUGCAUCAGCUGCGUCUCCUGGGCCACCUCUGUGACGUGACUGUCAGCGUGGAGUACCAAGGCGUCAGGGCAGAGUUUGUUGCUCACAAGGCCGUGUUGGCAGCAACAAGCAAAUUUUUCAAGGAGGUGUUCCUUAACGAGAAGGGCGUGGACGGCCCCCGGACCAACGUGUUCUUGAACGAGGUCCAAGUUGCCGAUUUUGCUUCAUUUCUGGAGUUUGUCUACACCGCUAAGGUAGAAGUAGAAGAAGACAGAGUGCAGCGCAUGCUAGAAAUCGCCGAAAAGCUGAAGUGCUUGGACCUCUCGGAAACCUGCUUUCAGUUAAAGAAGCAGAUGCUCGAAUCGGUGCUGUUGGAGCUGCAGAACUUCUCCGAAUCACAGAACUCUGAGGAGGAGAACGCAACCCAGCCAGGCAUUUUGCUUGAGUCCAAAGCAGCUGCUGUGGCGGAAGUGGAGCAGGCUGACUGUCCUCUGGAUCCUCCGGAUUCCCCAGGAGACAGGCCCAGCAACGGAGCGUCUCCUGAGAUGCCGGCUACCAAAUCGAAAGAGAAAACAGACAAAAAGAAGGAGGUGAUGAAGCCUCCUUACACCAAAAUCAGACGGGCGAGCGGGAGGCUGGCCGGGAGGAAAGUAUUUGUGGAAAUCCCGAAGAAGAAAUACACGAGGCGGCUGAGAGAGCAGCAGAAGAACGCAGAGGUUGCUGUUGCAGGGAACAGGUAUCCUCAAGACCAGGAUAUGUGUGAUAUGGAGCGGGAGGAGGAGCAAGCAGAGAGCGACAUCAAAUCCGAAAGUGAAGACCGCACCGGCAACUUGGAACCCGAAGAAAACCUGAAAAAAUCCGAAGAGGAUAAAAAGAAACGAGGCAGUAACUUCAAGUGCAGCACGUGCGAGAAGGAAUUCCUCUACGAGAAGAGUUUCCUCAAGCACAUAAAGCACAGCCACGGCAUUGCAGCCGAAAUCGUUUAUCGGUGCGAAACCUGCAGCCAGACCUUUGCCAACCGGUGCAACCUCAAAAGCCAUCAGCGCCACGUGCACAGCAGCGAGCGCCACUUCCCUUGUGAGCUCUGCGGUAAGAAGUUCAAGAGGAAGAAGGACGUCAAGAGGCACAUUCUCCAGGUUCAUGAGGGUGGUGGGGAGCGUCAUCAGUGCCAACAGUGUGGAAAGGGGUUGAGCUCCAAAACUGCCUUGAGGCUCCAUGAAAGGACGCAUACAGGCGACAAGCCUUAUGGGUGCACAGAGUGUGAGGCUAAAUUUUCUCAGCCUUCUGCACUUAAAACACACAUGAGGAUCCAUACCGGGGAAAAACCUUUCGUCUGCGACGAGUGCGGCGCCCGGUUCACGCAGAACCACAUGCUGAUCUACCACAAACGCUGUCACACAGGGGAAAGACCCUUCAUGUGCGAAACGUGCGGGAAGAGCUUUGCCUCUAAGGAGUACCUGAAACACCACAACCGAAUCCACACGGGAUCCAAACCCUUCAAAUGCGAGGUCUGCUUCCGCACCUUUGCGCAGAGGAACUCGCUUUACCAGCACAUCAAGGUUCACACGGGUGAACGGCCCUACUGCUGCGACCAGUGCGGGAAGCAGUUCACGCAGCUCAAUGCGCUGCAGCGGCACCACCGCAUACACACUGGGGAGAAGCCCUUCAUGUGCAACGCCUGCGGGAGAACCUUCACGGACAAGUCCACGCUCCGACGGCACACUUCGAUACACGAUAAAAACACGCCCUGGAAGUCCUUCCUCGUCAUCGUCGAAGGAGCAUCCAAGAACGACGACGGGCACAAAACGGAGCUUCCCGAUGAAGAGUACGACGCAUCGCCUAAAAUCCCGGAGAAGCUGCUGUCUUUCCCGGGAAACGGCCAUUACCAAAACUUGGCUGCCGUGGCAGGGGGCGGGGGCGAGCACGUUUUUUUGCCCGACAGCGGAGCUGCCGCGGGCGCGGGCUGUAAGUCCGAUGGGACGCCGGGGCCCCAGGAAGCGCUGAUAGCCACCGCUCUGAGCGAGCUGACGGUGCUGCAUCCGCAGGCGGAGCCUGUUCAGCCGCAGCUCCACGCUCUGGUGAACAUGGAAUAA